ACAGCCCUGUCAGGCAGCAUGCCAGCAGUUUUCAUCUUGCUGCGGUCCCUGGUUAUCAGGCUCCUCAGUAGCAGACUGGCAGGCUCAGUGGCACAGUUCCUCAGGAGAACCCUCUCUACAGGCGCUGCACACAUUGGCACAGCGCUGCGCCACGUCUGGGACCGUAUUAGAUCCCAGGAGUCCAAGGAAGCCGUCCUGGGCUGUGUGUUGUGCCUUCUCAACAUGCACAAGAAGGUGGAGACCUGAGCUCUCCCUUCACUUUCUGUUCAACUCACUACUUGCCUGCUGAACAGACUGGACAAACAGCGCUGGUGAGUGAGUAGUGGUGUACAAAGGGAUGUGAAUGACUUUUUUCAAUGUACAUUUGGACUGCAGCAUUUUUUGUUUUCUUAUCUGGACACUGGCAAUGUCUGAAAGCAUAGUAAGGAAGGUUCAGCCCUUCACGAUUGGGACGAGGCUGUCAGUCCCGGCUGUGCCAAAAUGCGAGGAGUUUACACAGAGUUAUCUGCAGAGCCAGAGUUUGGAUAACUGCACUCUACAGCACAACCUGAACUCACUCUACCUCAGUCGAUCCCAGGUCUGCACACACGGCCCCUGUCUCGUCUCACCCAUGGUCAAGCAGGUAGCCCCUGUGAAGCACAACCAGGACGACAUGGCAGCUGAGGACCAUCUGAACCAGAAUGUUGCAUCUCCCUCCGCCGUCUCCCGGUCCAUCAAGAAGAUAACGAUCUCUGGAAGUAGAGAAAGAUCGGAGAACAAUGUGUCAGUGGGACCAGUACAGCUUUCAAUCACAGGGUCCACAUCCGAAAACAACAAUAACAACAACAACGUCACCAGCACCUCAGAUACACAUCUGCCCCGGAUUGUGGGUGUGAGCUGUGAGAAUAAACCUGGUUCUCACUUCAAGGUUUUACUCAGAAAAGACAGCAGUGAGGAACUUCAGCCAGCAACGGGACAAACCAAGCCGAAACUAAACGGAGAAAAAUGCCUCCAACAGAUAUCAGUGCCUGAAUCACGUCAAAAAGAGACGCAAAGGAAAGAAAGUCAUCCACACACGCAGAAUGAAGCAUCCGCAGCUGUUCCCACGUCCCAGAGCGACUGCUUCACUCAGCGUUACUCGCUUUUCCACAAGGAAGUACUGCAGGCAGAGGCGUGGAUCAAAGGCAAGCUGCGGGACCUGAAGGAUGGAUGUAAUAUUCAGCGCUGCCCCCUGCAGGACUGGGGGGAAGCCUCGCAGACGCUCCACAGAGACCUCAAAGACUUUGAGAACACCCUAAUACAACUCAACCAGAUGGGUGAGCAGCUGAUCUGCAAGCUAAACCCCACCUCUGACCUGGUGAAGAAACAACUCAGCCAGCUCAGGGACAUGUGGCAGACCCUCAAGCAGACGGCCGCAAAUCAGACGAGGGCGCUGGGUGGAGCCAAGAACCUGCAGGAGUUCAACAAGAAAGUGGACAAGCUGGAGGCAUGGAUCAAAGACAAGCAGGAAGAGGAGCAGUCUCUGGUGAAUGUCCUCGGGGAACAUGUUGACAAAAUGCAGCUGACCAGGAGGAUCUUAGAUCUAAAGCAGGAUGAGCAGCUAUACGGAAACCUCCACGAGGAGAUCAACCACCUGGCCCUAAAACUGGAGAAACAGGGGAAGACAGAUGGGAAAAACAUCUCCAGCAAGAGGAAACACAUCAAUAAAAUGUGGCUGAAGGUCCAGUCUCAUCUGAAAAACUACCAUGAGAAUCUUCAGCUGGCACUGGAGGUGUCCUCGUUCUACCAGCAGGCUGAUAACACGUUGCUUGCUAUUAAUAACAUGAGGAAGAGCAUGUCUGAAUCCAAAGAGCUGGACAGCGUCGGAGAUAGAGAAAUACGCGACAUCGCCAGUCAAAUCAUGAUGCUUGAUGUGAGCGUGUCCCAGGUUUCUAAUCUCCACCCCGCCCUGGCUGCCGGCGUCACGCAGAAGCAGAGCGAGGUGAAGGACUGCUGGGCGCUUCUUCAGAAGGUUCUCAGGAGUGACAGGACUGUGCUCUCUCCCACCGGCUCCGCUUUCACCAGGGAAGAUGCUGACCCCCUGACACCGGCCCGGGAACCCCAGAGCAACGUGGGAACGGAGACGCAGAGGCUCAUGGGAAAGGAGGUGAAGGAGGAGCAGAAUCGGCUGAAAGGCUGCGUGAGUCCUGUUGAAUGUGGGAUGGGUAGGAGGACACCGAGCAGCGUCAGCCAGGAUCAGCCAUCAGGGAACCACACCUCGUCGCCCACGGGAGGCGGCCCUGCCUCCGCAAAUUAUGUCAUCUUCCGACAUCAAUUAAAGGGGGAAAGCAGGAAGCCCAGAGCAGAGCCCAGGCUUGCCACCGCCACACCAGGCCACCCACAGCUCCCCUCGCAGCUCCAGAAGUUCACCGUGUCUGCUGACAAGACUUUGUCCUGGCUCAAAGACAACGUGUCCAUGGCCACGCAGGUUUGCUCAAUAGCCAGCUCUGAGGGCCUGGAGGCAGCCAGGAGGUGUCAGCACGCUCUGCAACAAGAAAUCCUGACCAACAGGGCCAGGAUAGAGGUUGUCAAACGGGAGGGCCGCGGGUUGGUCCGUGCACAGCACCCGGGCAGCGCCAAGAUAGAGGAGUUCCUGGGCCAGCUGGAGGUCCUGUGGGAGGAGCUGCGGAGGAGGCACCAGAGGAACAACGCGUUUCUGCAGGCCUCAGAGGAGCUGGGCUUCAGGGUUGUUAAAGUGCUCCAGGCCCUCGGCAGCCUGGAGGCCUGGCUGGAGUCCGUGGAGCUCUCUAUGAAGGAGUCUGCUCUCGCCGGUGACCCCGAAACAAUGAGCAUGGCCGAGAGGGAAAGCUGUCUGCUGGAGAAAGAGGUGGCAGCUCGCAGCCUGGAGCUCAGCGCUCUGAGGCAGGAGGUGGAGUGCCUCCACAGCGCCAGUCACCCCCACACACGGAGCCUGCCGGCACGCAUGGAGGAGGUGGAAAGAAAGUACCAUCGUGUCCAAAGUGCCCUGACCCAGCAGAACUCCGAGCUGCAGGACACACGGAUGCUGACGGAGUUCUUGGAGCGCGUGGAGCUGGAGGAGAGCCAGGAGCUCAGCGGGAGUCGCUACAGCCUCGGCCAGCCUCUUCACAGUGAGAUCUCCUCAGCUCCUACACUACUGGGACUCCAAAGUACUGGCGGCAGUGAGCCCCUGAUAGAAAGCAUGGGAGACCCUGUGGAGGAACUAAGAGAGGCCGUAGAGAUGCUCAAUGACACCGUUAGGGAGAGGGGCCGAUCACAGAGCCACGACCAGGCCAUCCAGGAGCUGCUGAGCAAGCACGCCAGCCUGGCGGUGCACGUGGAGGAGUGCUUGAGCUGCAGCAAGGAGCUGAGCCUGGACAUCCUGGAGAAGGAGACAGACAUGGCCGUCCAGUGUGAGCCCGAUCGCUGCGGCCUGGAGGCUCUGCAGGAGAGGCAGGACCUCCUGGAGAUUGACUAUGAAGUCAUCAGGGAGGAGGUGAAGGAGAUGGAGAGCCAGACCUCUCGUUUGGAGGAGCUGUGCCCGGAGAGAGUACACGUUCUGGAGGCAAAGAUCCGGGCCAUGCUGCAGGGCUGGACAGAGCUGGGGAGGAGUGUGGCGGAGAACCAGUCCCGUCUGCAGGAGUUUGUGCAGCUCCAGGACUUCUUCAGGAGCUACCUCGCCAUGAUCUCUUGGACUGAAGACACCAGGUCGUGCAUUUUCUCAGAUACCGCCUUGCAUCUUGGGAAAGACGGGCAGAGGCCACUCGCUGCUGAGCUGGACUUGCAGAUUGAGCAAAAGUUUGAAGAGUUUGAUGAGCUGGCGGACACGGGGAGGAACCUUUUAGACAGAGGACACCACCUCACGCAGAUGCUAAGAGAGCGCAUGGAGGAGCUGAGGAGCAUGCUCGGCUGGAUCUCAGUGCACUGGAGGGCUCAGAAACAACAGCGGCUUCACAAGAUGAGCAGAGAUGAGCCUUCACAGGAUAACAUCUAUUCUGAGGCCACUAUGUGCUCUACCUUGACAGAGAGUUCCGCUCCUGAUCUAGAGGCCUAUGAGUCCCACAUGUCCCCUGUCGUCACCUUCAUUGAAGACAGAUUAUGGGCUGCAGGAGACGGCCCACCCUCCUCGCUGCCGCAGAGACAAGCUGAGCAGCAAGAGGAGAAGCAGUUCGAGGACGGGUAUGAGGUCAUGAACAGUAUCGGACCACGGGGGGGUGAGGCCCCCUCCUCAGAGUCUCCUAAAUCCUCCAUCGUGAUCCUCAAGGAGCCCGGCAGCCCCGCUUUAGGGGGCACGGUCAACCUCAUCCUGAGCUUCGGGGGGCAGGGGGACAGCCAGGUUCAGGUGCUGGAAAACACGCUUGCUAGGACGGAGGAGGUAGUGGAGGAGACGAGUGAGCCUGUCCACAGGGUAAGUACCUACUUGCAUGUGACGGAUAACAACUUGGCCGUGGCGCCUGUGUAUGAGAGCAUCACCCUGCCCCGCCAAAAGAGGCGCUCUGCAGCCUCAGCCUCCCCUACUUUCUCGGCAUCCUCCUCCUCUUCCUCCGCGACUGCAUCUCAGUCGGCGAAUGUAUCCUUUCACCCUUCAGCAGGGAGCACCUCCAUCUUCAGCAGCCUGAAGAGGAUGGGCAAGAAGAGAAAGAGGAAGAGAGACACUCGCAGGCACACGAUCCAGAAAAUCAUGGGAGUGGAGGACCAAACGGAAGGCAUGCCUUAUUACGACUGCGAGACAAUAACGUACGACACGCAUACUUGGCCACUGAAGGAAGCCAGGAGGAAGAAGGGUUCUCUAAAGAUUGGGGAUGGAGUAGAAGCGAUGGCCUACAUGAAGAAUCCCCUGGUGAAAGACAUUGAUUCGGAAUGUUCAGGAGAGUACAGCAUUAUUCCAUAUGCCAUGUCAGAGAGCCCGACCACAGAUCAGGCCAGAAGCCACUGCAGGUUCCUCUCUUUGGGCUCUGUGCUGAGCUUCGAGCUGCCUAAAGACAUGACCCUCAUCCCCAGCAUUCAGGACAUCAUCACUAUCGCCCCACCAGAGACCAAAACACCAGCAGGGACUGAUCCGGACCCCCACUCGCAGAGACAAACGGCUCUGAGCUCCUUCAAACAGACUCGACCCACUCCGUCCAUCACACGCAGUUCAUUGGAUUUUAGUCUUCCUGAAACACGGACAGUGAAAGAUCUGAUUGAUAUGGGGAACAGCUUCCAAUCACCUCCUUCUUCUACAGAUGAAGAUCAGACUGUACCAUACGAAGAAAUGUCUAAACAGCUCACCUUGCUUGAGGAUGCAGAGCAGGAGUGGGACAAAAGGUCGUCCUGUACGGCUGAAAGACAUGGGACCAGCAAGCCACCUUGCCAGCCCCCGAUUUAUGUGAAUCAAGCCCAAAACACAGCUGCCUUCAAACACAAAUGCCCGAGCGUCCACACGCUGAUCCGAGACCUGAACGGACACCACUACCAUAAAUGUGCAAAACCUCAGAAUGUGCUUGAAGAGAGUCCAGGACCACAGUGUCAGACCCAAGCUUCUCAUAUGGUCGUGAAUCUGAAGUCGACAGUGAGCAUGAGCGUUCGCCAGGACUCUGUAGACUCGGGGAUCUCCACCUCCAGCAGCGUCAAGCUCUGCACUGAGGCUCCGUGUCCAGAUAACCUGCAGCCAAAGGGCGUCGUGGGGAGGCUCAUGUCCCUUCAGGUGGGAGGCAUGGACUGCGCUAAAACAAGAGAGAACACAUCUUCGGGUCCAUCGACAGAGCCAUCGACAGAGCAGGAAACAGAGCCGGUCCUUCUCGACCACCAGCAAUUUGAGGAGGAAGAAGAAGAGCUGGAGGAUAUCUGGAACCAGACAACCAACUACAGACAGAGCAUCUGCUCAGACAUCAUGUACCAGCCCAAGCAGGAAGAGCCUGAACCCUCUGACCACCCUAAAGAGCCCCUCUCCUGCUCACCGUCAUCCAAAACCCCGGCUGUGCUCUACAGGAACCUGGUCACAGCCUCAGCCCCCAACCUCCUCGUGGCAGAGUUCAAACUGCCCCCCUACCUUCAGAGCUUGCUGGGAUACGACAAGGAGCAGAGUCCCAGAGGUCACCUCCGCCCGCUGGCCACCGGAGACAGGAAGUCCUGGGCGGCCUUCCCCAAUAGGGAGCCAGCCGGGAAGAGCUCGGUAACGGUGAACGAGACGGCGUCGGACCCAGUGAAGCUGCCGGACGUGGGGGACAAUCAGAGAUACAUUUAUCAGUACAGAGAGGAUGAGGAGGAGGAGGGGGAGGAGGGGGAGGAGGAGGCAAAGGUGGGGGAGGAGGUGGAUGAGCUCGCAGGUUGUUCCAAGGACGAGUCGAUGAGCCUGCUCUCAGUCCAUAUGGGUUUGGAGGGGGUCUGCCAGCAGAGGAAAGCCCCUCACAGCCUGGAGCAGCAGGAAGACUUAAUGACCACAAGAGGGCGCUGUGUUACUCUGAGUGCAAGGCCUGAGAUGCAGACUAUGGAGGGAACACUGGAGAGGAAACACAAGCUUCAGCUGGGAGGAAAGAAAGCUGCCUCCAGAGGAUGGAACUCGUACCACGCCGUCCUUUACAGACACACCUUGUGCUUCUACCAGGAUAGGAAGGAUACACUGAGGAGUUCUGUCUGUGGCCUGCCGCUCAACCUCCUCGGAGCGGAGUGCUCCCCGGCUCCAGAGUACACCAAGAAACCCAACUGCUUCAGACUGCGACUCCGUGAUGGCUCUGAAUAUCUGCUCAAUUCCUCCUCACGCUUUCUGAUGAAGAAAUGGAUGAUGAAAAUACAUGCAAACACGGGUCGCAGUGAGACUUCAUUAUCAAGUUUCCUGGCUGAUCAAGGCCUCCCUAACUCCUCAAAGCCCUUCCUCUGCUCCCAUUGUCCCGGCCCCUCCACAUGCCGCUGCCCCCCCCGCCAUGAGGUCACCUCCACGUUCCCCAGGCGCAAAACCCACAGCGCCGCCCAGACCAAAGAGAUAGUGGUCCUCACCCGAGAGUUCAGUCACAUGACGCAGGGUCAUCUGAAGAGUGUGGAUGAGCAGACCCCCAGCUCACAUGGAGGCUGCUGUGAUGAUGAUGAAGAAGACACUUUAAAGCAGUCACUGACUCACAGGCUGUCUGGAGCAUCCAGAGACAACACCGCUUCCUCCCCUCUAUCCCCCGUGUCCGGGGGUGAGGACUGGCUCAGCAACAAGCGGCGCUCCCACUCCUUCACAUCAGCCACGUUUCAGAAGAUCAAGCCCAUGUUGCCCCCCCCUGCAGGCAGAGUCCCGGAGAGAGGCUCCAACUACUGCGUGACUCUUGUAGUUGGAGACAAGUCGCCAGACUCUGAGCCCCCGCUGAUGGCUGCAGCCGGGUGGCAGCAGGACCCCCGUCAGCAGGACCCCCGUCAUCAGGACCCCCGUCAGCAGGACCCCCUUCAGGACUCUUCUCUGAGAAGCUUCUCCAGCCUGCCGCGGCCUCGCAACAAGUCCGUCUUUAAAAAGUUCUUCUGUAAAAAGGACCUCUGAGUUUUUAUUAAUAAAAGGUUUUACAAAUUGUUUCUAAUGUGCAGCGCACAUCUUUGUUGAAAAGCAAAAAAAACGCCACUACUGACUAUAUUUAUGAUGGGAAGCGCUUCCAUGGUUUUAUGUUUGAUGUGUUUUGUCUUAAAUCAUUUAAGUGUUUUUAUAUUGUUUUUUCACGUAAACGGAACGUGUGAGUGUGCACUGCGUAGUUGAAGAUUGGAUUUAUUGAAACACGUUUUCUCAACAGUCUUAUUUCACAUUUCUUUUUCUAUUCUUCUAGAUUGUUGUGUAUUAAGUAAAGCUUUCUUCUAAGUGGAGGAUCAGUUUAGAAACUACAUAAAAGAAUAAUCACAGUGAGUAGUAGUAUUAACAAUAUCCUGAACUCAUGACACUAACAUGUACAGCGCGUGGUGCACCAAAACAUUAUUUUCUUUUCUUUUUAAUCAGCAGUUUGAUACUGCCUGAGCUUGUUUGAUUUGAACACUUUUUAAAUACAAAUUGUAGCAAAGACUAUUCAUAAUAAAACAUUGAAAACCAA